AUGCUGUACUUAGUCGUCCUUGGCGCGCUGGUGCAAGCUGCCUCCUCUAGUGCUUCCAACAGCAGUGCAGAAUUCCGACAACAAUGCCUUUCUUUUGGCAACUCUACGGUUAUACCAGGUGCUGAAUCCUACAAGACUGAGUUCUUAUCAGCUGGUUCCACACUUCGGCUCCCUGGCGCUGAUCCGAGCUGUGGUCGGACAUCCCAGACAGUUUCGGCGGAUCUUUGCCGUCUUACUGCCCAGGUCGCCACCUCCACACGUUCUGGAUUCAAGUUCGAGGCGUGGCUUCCACAGAACUGGACUGGCCGCUUCCUAAGCACUGGCAAUGGUGGUCUCGGUGGCUGCAUCCAGUAUGAAGAUCUUGACUACGGCAGUUCGCUUGGCUUUGCAACGGUGGCAACCAACAACGGUCACGAUGGCAUGAGCGGCGUCUCGUUUUUGAACAACCCGGACGUUAUCGAAGACUUCGCCUAUCGCGCACUUCACACCGGUGUCGUUGUUGGCAAAGACGUCAGCAAAUCGUUCUACGGAAGCCCUCACACUAAGAGUUACUACCUUGGCUGCUCCACCGGGGGUCGUCAGGGGUUCAAGGAGGCGCAAGCCUUCCCCGAUGACUUUGAUGGCAUUGUCGCUGGUGCACCAGCGUUCUCAUUCAACAACCUUACAUCGUGGAGUUGCCACUUUCUCCCCCUUACUGGACUCGAAGGUGCCGAUACCUUCAUCCCAAUGACAAUGUGGCCAACUAUUCACGAAGACAUUCUGAAGCAAUGUGACAAGCUCGACGGCGUCGCAGAUGGAAUUAUCGAGUCACCUGAGCUUUGCGACUACAAGCCAGAUGGAUUGGUGUGCGAGAGCGGAAACGCUACUCAAUGCCUGACUGAGAAGCAGGUGGAAACCCUCCGUGCUAUUUAUUCACCGCUACUCGAUGCUUCUGGCAGUUUGGUUUACCCACGGAUGCAACCCGGUGCCGAGCUCACUGGUGCGCCGCAGACAUACUUCACUGGACAGGCAUUCGGGGCGGCAGACUGGUUCCGUUACGCCAUUUUCAAUGAUUCCAACUGGGACCCUCUUAGCCUCAAGCCUGCGGACUAUGUCCUGUCGUCGUCGCUGAACCUUUUCAACAUUGAGACCUUUGAUGGCGACCUGUCAGCCUUCCAGUCCCGUGGUGGCAAGCUUCUGCACUAUCACGGUUUGGUGGAUGGAACUAUUUCCAGCGACAACUCACCCAGAUACUAUGAGCAUGUUUCGAAGAUUAUGGGCCUUCAACCGGCGGCGCUAGACGAGUUUUACCGAUUCUUCCGUAUAUCUGGCAUGGCACACUGUGGAGGUGGCCCAGGUGCGACCUUCAUUGGCAAUCAAGCACAGAGUGUUGCGAGCCUUAACCCGGACGAGAAUGUGCUGAUGGCUAUCGUUCGCUGGGUUGAGGAAGAUGUGGCUCCCGAGACCGUUGUAGGCACAGCGUACAUUAACGGUACCAAAGCCGCAGGAGUCGACUUCAAGCGCAAGCAUUGCCGUUGGCCUCGACGAAAUGUGUUCCAAGGUGGUGACUUUAAGGAUGCGGAGUCAUGGACUUGUGUCAACUAG